CACACGCUGAAGUUGUGAGCUGCUAAAUGAAUUUCUGCAGCAGAUCGCGUUAAAUGGAGCUCCAGGAAAAAAUACACGUACCGAUAUUUUGCGGAGUGGACAGGGACGUGUUUCUGCGUGACAUUUAUCCACAGCGCAGACCAGCCCUGCUGAGAGGCGUGUGUCUGGGCUCCUGCCUGGACAAAUGGACGGUGGAGUAUCUUGGACAAAAAGGAGGCGACAAGGAAGUGAAGAUUCAUGUAUCCACGGUACCACGGAUGGAUUUUCUUCGCAAAAACUUUGCCUACAAGACCUUGCCGUUUAAUGAAUUUGUGAAAAGAGCAUCUGAGACGAAACACUCAGACUUCUUUCUGUGUGAGGAUGAGAGUUAUUAUCUCAGAUCACUGGGAGAAGACGUCCGAAAGGAACCUGCUGAUCUGAGCAAGCAGUUCCCAGACCUGGCGGAGGAUUUUCACAUCCCACGCUUCUUUAACCCUGAUCAGUUCUUCUCCAGCGUCUUCCGCAUCAGCUCCUGCGGCCUGCAGCUGUGGACGCACUACGAUGUGAUGGACAACCUGCUGGCUCAGGUGACAGGGAUGAAGAGAGUGGUUCUCUACAGCCCCCAGGAUGCAUUGCACCUCUACCUAUCAGGUGAUAAGUCCGAAGUCCUGGAUAUUGAUGCUCCAGAUCUGAAACAGUUUCCUGACUUUGUGAAGGCAAAGAGAUACGAGUGCGUGCUGGAGCCUGGAGAUCUGCUUUUCAUCCCUGCUCUAUGGUUCCACAACACCCUUGCUCUGCAGUUUGGGGUGGGUGUUAACGUGUUCUGGAGACAUCUACCCACGGACAGCUACGACAAAAAGGACCCGUACGGUAACAAAGACCCGGUGGCUGCAACUCGAGCCCUCCAGGCCGUGGAGAGGGCGCUGCACAUUCUGGACGAACUCCCACCAGAUUACCGGGACUUUUACGGCCGCCGCAUGAUUCAGCGCAUCCAGAAGAGGACGUACUGUGACGGUCUGUCGGGCUCAGACGCACGGGAGGAUUCUGACACUACAUUACCCAGCAGCCCCUCCACCAAACCUGGAUAAGGAUGCAGAGAAAUGUGAACAGAACUUGUAUUUUGCUGCACAUUACUCAGCCUGGACACUGGAUCUGAGAAAUAAAACAGUGGCGAUUUUGGCCUGUAAUUUGCAUAAAGAUUAAAAUGACACAAACAAUUUUUACUGUGGAAGAAUCUUAAGCAUCAGGGAGUUUCAAUACGGGUCAUAGUCUUCUCCAGCACACUAUAAUUCAUCCUCUGAAGUGCUAUUGGUAGGAGAGACUUACAAAACAAUCACAAUUUGUGCUACAGUGGGUAUUCGAGACAACUGUAAUAUUCUACAUAUACGACAUUACGACUAGCUUUCGUAAAAUACUUUGAUCAACUGAAUGUAUUUUAGUUUGUUUUUUUAAUUGCAAAAUAAAUUUUACACCCUUCAAGCCUAA